GUUUGGGAGGCAGUCGGACAGGCAGCAACAGGCACGGGAAGCUGUCCUUGAGGAAUUUCUGACAGUAAUGGAAAAUAUUGAAGUUCAGGACUGCAGAGUAGAAUAACUAGAACUAAACUUAAUUAGACUGUUGGCAGAGUUCUUAUCAAGGUUUUCGGCUGACCUUUCGACAGACACGAAGGUAACAGUAAAAUCAAUGAGUUCUGCGGACAACAGACGUAACGUUGGAGCAGGCUACAGAUAUGGAGGGGGAACGGUGAAAGGAUUCGUCCAGAAGGUCCAUUCUCCUCACCCAUCCUUAAAUGAGUCACUGGAGGGAGAAAUUCAGGCCUUCCUCACUGAUGAAGACCUACUCCACACUUAUGACGACCUCACCAAAGUCAACCCAGUGACCCCGACGACAGUGCUGAAAUGUCUGCAGGCCAGGUACAGCGUGAAGGUGUUUUACACCCAUGCUGGCUGCACCUUGGUGGCUCUUAACCCCUUCCAGCCCGUCCCAGACCUCUAUUCUCUGGAUGUGAUGAAGGAGUAUCACUGCGCUGCUCAGCCCCAGGAGUUCAAACCACAUAUCUUUAUAGUGGCGGAAGAAGCCUACAGGAAUGUUAAGGGCCAGCUGGAGCCAGUGAACCAAUCCUUGGUGGUCAGCGGUGAGAGCGGCGCAGGAAAGACAUGGACAUCUCGUUGCCUCAUGAAAUACUACGCUACUGUGGCGGCCUCCUCCUCAGUGGUGAAGAGUCAGGACACAGUGGAGAGGAUAGAGAGGAGGGUGCUGGACUCCAACCCCAUCAUGGAAGCUUUUGGCAAUGCCUGUACGCUACGGAACAACAACAGCAGUCGCUUUGGAAAGUACAUCCAGCUCCAGCUAGACAGGUGUCAGCUGUUAGUGGGUGCGUCCGUGCAGACAUACUUGCUAGAGAAGACCAGGGUGGCCUGCCAACCGGCUAAUGAGAGGAACUUCCACAUCUUUUACCAGAUGAUUAAAGGGGCCACAGAUGAGCAGAGGAAGGAGUGGAAGAUGCCACGUGGCCAAUGUUUUGUGUGGCUGCCAAAUUCUGAAAAAGCAGUUGAUGAGGAUUGUUUUCAUGAGACUGUCGAGGCAAUGGUUCAUCUGGGCAUUUAUUCAGAAAGGCAGAGACAAAUAUUCAAGAUAUUAGCAGGGAUUCUGCAGCUGGGGAAUGUGACUUUCUCCUCUUCAACCGAUGAAUUACAACCUUGUAACCUAGAUGAACAGUCCAAAGACUUCUUGCAGAGGGCUGCUGAGCUGCUGUGUGUCCCUGCUGAGGAGCUUCAGAUGUGUUUAAGAGUGAGGACGUUGAAGGCGGGGAAGCAGAGCGUGCUCAAGCCCUGUUCCCAGCCAGAGUGCAGCAUGAGGAGAGACUGUCUGGCCAAGGCCAUCUACGCCCAAUUAUUUGAAUGGCUGGUUACAUUCAUCAACAACAGCAUAUGUGCAGACAAAUCCAUGUGGUGCAACUUCAUAGGAGUUCUAGAUGUGUACGGGUUCGAGUGUUUCCACAUCAAUAACCUGGAGCAGCUGUGCAUCAACUACGCCAAUGAGAAACUGCAGCAGCACUUUGUGGCUCAUUAUCUCAGAGCUCAGCAGGAGGAAUAUGUGUCUGAGGGGUUGCAGUGGUCCUUUGUCAAAUACAAAGACAACCAGAGCUGUCUGGAUCUUAUCGAGGGAAGCCCUGUCAGUGUGUUUUCUCUUCUUAAUGAGGAGAGUCGUCUUAAUCGAGCCUCAGAUGCAAAGACAUUCAGGAGUCGUUUGGAGAAGGAUCUCUGUGGUAAUGCCAACAUCAGCUGGCACAAGUUCAGCAAGGAGCCACACUUCACUGUGGCCCAUUACGCUGGCAAAGUCAACUACCAGAUACAGGGGAUGGUGGAGAAAAACAAGGACCCAGUGCCACCAGAGCUCAUCAACCUGCUUCAGAAGUCUGACAACCCCCUGCUUCACCAGAUCUUCACUGACAAGCAAACUGAGAACCCAACUACCAAGGGGCUCAGUAAAGUCACCGUGGUCUCCAAGUUCAAGAACUCUCUGGAGAGCUUGAUGAGGAUCCUCCACACCACAACUCCUCACUACACUCGCUGCAUCAAACCGAACCCAGACUGCAAACCUCUGACCUUCAAAAAGGAGGAGGUUAUCAUGCAGUUGGAAGCCUGUGGGAUUGUGGAGACUAUUCAUAUUAGUGCUGCUGGCUUUCCAAUAAGAAUUCCUUUCAAAGGCUUCAUGCAACGUUAUGGACUGAUUGCAAAAUAUUCAAAUAACAAGUCCCGGAGUCAUUGUGUUGAUGUGGAGGCUGACAGCAACGACAUUCUUCGACAAGAAGUGGAGAAGCUCCUCAGUGUCGUGUUACAACACAAUGCUUCUGACCCCUCACACAACCUUGACAGUGAAAAACACAAUUCAUGGGUGCACUGUGGAAGGACUAAAAUCUUUCUCACCCAGUCGAUGCUAGAUUUGCUGGAGGAUCAGAGGAAGAAGAUUCUGUCUCAGUGUGCCUUCUCCAUUCAGUGCUGCUGGCUGCGAUACCAGCGCUGCAGACGCCACACCCGCCAGCAGUCUGCUACUCUGAUCCAAGCAGGGGUGCGGUCCUGGCUGGUCAGGAGGCAGAUCCAGAGAUGGAACAGAGCAGCUGCAGUCAUCCAGAACUCCUGGAGGAAGUGGAGGGCACUAUUGAAAUCAUUGGCUGAGACAGAACUGGAUGAUGCAAAGGACCUUGUGGAGGAGGACGUGCCAGCAUUGAACCCUGUUAUCAGGGAGCGGGGCUCGGUGCAGCUCUCCACCAUCCAGGAGCCUGUCACAGUGCGAGGGUGGCCCAUGGGCCUGGCUCUGGCCUCUGCCCCAUCCAUCACCGUGUCUCUGACAGCCACAGGCUUCCAGAAGAUGAUGUCUGUGAUGACCUCCCUCAACCUGCCCUCCAGGAGAGGGGGGUAUAAGGUUGAGACCAACCAGUACACGCGGGGGCUCGCCUCCAUACGGGCUCAACCCAAGGGAUCUGUAAAGCUGCACUAUCAGCGAUCUCCACUUCUCUACGCUGACAGGCAACCAGACAUGAAGACUGACGUGACAGGGUUCAAUGAGAUCCUGCUAGAGAAAACUUUGUAAGAGUUCCCUCUUUGCAGAACACUGAAGGCUAAUUUCAUGGACACAGAUGAAGACCAAUCUGCCUCAGAGGUGCUUUUGCAGUGAAGCAGCAGCUCUUCCACAGUCUGACACAGAGGGAACAAACCUGGUAUUUUAAGCUGUCAUUGUGUUAAAUGUGUGUGUUUUAAAGUGAUCAUUUACAGCUCUAAUUAACUUUUGUAAGAAUGCCAAAGUGGAUCUCACUCUGUGUUAUACAAGGGUGCAAAGACCUUGCAUAAUAUUUUAACCUAAGAGGAGGUCGGCCUGCCAAAUCUGAGAUAAGGCACAUAUGAUUUUUGUCAACCAUUUGUGGAAUAUGUGCCAUGUGUCCUGCAUAUAGGAAACAAUGAAUGGGGUGUGAGUCAUGAUUAUGAUGUUACUGUGAUGUUGCCUCUUUGGAACAUCUGACUGUUGAUCAAAGUAUUGCGCCUGUGACAAGUGCCUUUCUUAAAAUCUUCACUCAAAUCCCAAAUGGGCUGUUAGUAUAUGUAUUUAUUUAAGGUGACUGUGUGAUUUCAUAGAUUUAUAUUGGGUGUAAAAACACAUUGUUGAUUCAGAUGCACAUAUACAACAUCCAGCAUUUACUAUGAGUGUGUUAUGCUGGGGGGGAAAGUAAUAAAGCAAGUAUUGCACAUGUAAAGCACAUAUUGCACAUUAAACGCACACACCUGCUCACAUACAGCAACAAAUGGACAAAAAGUCCUGAACAAGCAGACACAUCACUUAUGUGAAACAGGGAAAGGAUGAACCCAGGUUUAUUCACAUUGCUGCUCUUUGUUUGAUAAAGGGUCUUUUAUAAUAUGCACAUUUACAAAAUGUUUGACUAAACUACUUUCCAUGUGGAUUUUAAUCUGCUGCAAUCCAAAGCAUCAAGGCAAGGACUGUAUACCAUACCAGUUUUUUACACUAAACAUGUUAUUAUAGCCAUAAAGUUUUAUUAUAUUCAUAAUUUAAAUAUUCAACACAUUAUCUACAGUUGAUUCCUUGCAAAUCUUUAUUUACUCGCUAAAUAAUUCCUUUUAAUCUAUACCAGCUAUAGAUUCACUGAAAUGUGUCUGAGUCAUAUGAUAGUUUAUCAUUUGAAAUCUGUAUACUCUGUUUUGUCAGUGGUACCAAGGGAUCAAUGAACAACUUGAAUUAUGUUAAUAUAAUAUAAUAAUAUUUGAAUGACUGUUUUGUUGAAAUAAAUGUCUUUUAAAAAACUUCAUGUAUAAAUUUUGCUUUCACAUCAAACUUUGUUUACAUGUAAUCAGCCAUUACACAAGUGACUUUAGCUAACUACACUGUGAAGCCUUUAAUGUUGACUCAGGAAUUGAUAGUUUGAAAACAUUUCAGCCUUUAUUUAUAUACAGUACAUCCUAUAGCAUGGCAGGACACAGGACAGGAAGUUAGAUCAACAAAUUACAGCGUGGCACAGUGUGGCUUAUUCCAAGAUAUAUUAUAUUUU